CCGCACCGAGGCGGCAGCCCCGCGCCCAGCCCGCCCCUGCCCCGGUAAUAAUGCACUAGAAUGUCAGCGCUGAGAAAGGAUUUCUCAUCCUCUGAAGCACCAGAGUAGCUACCACGAGUUCACCUACUGCUGCUACGUGGGAAUGCCUGCAGCAGGCACGAGACUCACACAUUAUGGGGACAUCUCAGGUUCUGCCUGGCAUACUGCAGAAGCAUUGCUGUAUUUUGCCUGACAGGAACACAGAGUCACAGUGUACACUCUGUGGGGAGCCUGAAGAAGAAGAGGGUGGCGAUCUGCUCAAGUCGGGCUUCAGUUUUCCAGGGACGCCAGAGGAGGAGCUAGACCAGCAGUACUCAUGGUCGCCUUCUCAGCACUUCAAUGAAGAAAGAUACUCUCCUGCUCCGAGGAAUAUGAAAGGAUUAUCUGGCAGUCGCAACCAACCACAGUUAUGUUCAGCUCAUACUUGUGGCUUAGCAUCCCCUGAAGACUGCGAACACACCCACGACCAUAUCCACCAUGGGCAGGAGCCAAGGCAAUCAUAUCUUCUCAGCCCCACGGAGAGUUGCCCGAUGGACCACCAUCGUUGCUCACCACGCAGCUCCAUUCAUUCUGAAUGCAUGAUGAUGCCCAUGGUAAUGGGCGAUCACAUGUCAAGUAGCACUUUCCCCAGAAUGCACUACAGCUCUCAUUACGACACAAGAGACGACUGCGCCAUGUCUCACGGUAACCCUAAGAUUAACCGUAUUCCUGCAAAUCUUUUGGACCAGUUUGAAAAACAACUUCCUCUUCACCGGGAUGGGUUUCACACUUUACAGUACCAGAGGACCUCAACGGCUGCAGAACAACGCAGUGAGAGCCCAGGAAGAAUACGCCAUCUCGUUCAUUCAGUCCAAAAACUUUUUACUAAAUCUCAUUCUCUGGAAGGAUCAUCCAAGGGCAAUGUUAAUGGAACAAAGGGAGACAGUCGAGGGGAUGACCAUCAUCAUGGGCACCAUUCCAAGCAUAGCAAAAGGAGUAAAAGCAAGGAGCGAAAACCAGAAAGCAAGCAUAAAUCUGGAAUGAGCAGCUGGUGGAGCUCUGAUGAUAAUUUGGACAGCGAUAGCACUUAUCGAACCCCUAGCGUGGUAAAUAGGCACCAUACGGAUCAUAUAUCCCAUUGCUACCCUGAGGCACUCCAGGGACAUUUUGGGGAUCUCUCAUUGAAGACUUCCAAAAGUAACAAUGACGUGAAAUGUUCAGCUUGUGAAGGGCUAGCAAUGACCCCUGAUGGUAAAUACAUGAAAAGGAGUUCUUGGUCCACGCUUACAGUAAGUCAAGCUAAAGAAGCUUAUCGCAAAUCAUCACUGAACUUAGAUAAGCCUCUGGUUCAUCAGGAAAUCAAACCUUCCUUGAGGCCAUGCCAUUACCUUCAGGUACCUCAGGAUGAAUGGGGAGGAUACCCUGCCAGUGGGAAAGAUGAAGAGAUACCCUGCAGAAGAAUGAGAAGUGGAAGCUAUAUUAAGGCCAUGGGAGAUGAAGAAAGUGGAGACUCUGAUACUAGCCCCAAGACAUCACCAAAAUUAGCAGUUCGACCCGAGUCAUUAUUAAAAUCCAUUGGACAAAGACCACUGGGAGAUCAUCAAAAUCAGAGCUACCUUCAAACUGCAAGUGACGUGCCUGGGGGUCACAACCUGGAUCCCUCUGCAAACUACAAUUCCCCAAAGUUUCGCUCAAGGAAUCAGAGCUAUAUGAGAGCAGUGAGCACACUCAGUCAGGCCAGCUGUGUUAGUCAGAUGAGUGAAGCAGAGGUUAAUGGGCAAUUUGAAUCGGUGUGUGAAUCAGUGUUUAGUGAAGUUGAAGCUCAGGCAAUGGAUGCCCUUGACCUCCCUGGAUGUUUCCGAACAAGAAGCCACAGUUACUUGCGUGCCAUUCAGGCAGGCUAUUCCCAAGAUGAUGAAUGUAUACCUGCGAUGGCAUCUUCCAACAUCACGUCAACUAUCAGGUCAACCACAGCUGUAACUUAUACAAGUUACAAAAAAACACCACCACCGGUACCCCCGCGUACCACGUCCAAGCCACUGAUCUCAGUCACGGCCCAGAGCAGCACAGAAUCUACCCAGGAUGCGUACCAUGACAGCCGGACUCAGAGGAUUUCCCCGUGGCCUCAGGAUGGGCGAGGGAUGUACAACUCCACAGACAGUUUGGACAGUAACAAGGCCAUGAAUCUUGCCUUGGAGACUGCAGCUGCGCAGCGCCAUGCGUCGGAGGGCGCCUCCAUACGAACCAGUGACAAGGCCAUCCUCGUGACAAAAGCAGAGGAGUUUCUCAAGAGCCGGCGUUCCUCUAUAGGGAUCCAGGUGGAAACAGCAACUGAUUCGGAUACUGAGAGCAGAGGCCUACGGGAAUACCACUCUGUUGGAAUACAAGUAGAAGAUGAAAAACGACAUGGAAGAUUUAAGCGCUCAAACAGUGUAACAGCAGCUGUCCAGGCUGACCUGGAGCUGGAGGGCUUUCCAGGACACAUCACCAUGGAGGACAAGGGACUUCAGUUUGGCUCGUCGUUCCAGCAGCACUCAGAGCCCAGCACCCCCACCCAAUACAGCGCAGUGAGAACUGUACGGACACAGGGACUGUUCAGUUACAGAGAAGAUUACAGGACCCCCGUUGACACCUCAAACCUUCCACCACCAGAACCCUGGCUGGAGCCAGCCAUUGAGACAGUAGAGACUGGUCGAAUGUCUCCUUGUCGACGGGACGGAUCUUGGUUUAUGAAGUUGCUGCAUACUGAAACUAAGAGAAUGGAAGGAUGGUGUAAAGAAAUGGAAAGAGAGGCAGAAGAAAAUGAUCUUUCUGAGGAAAUCCUAGGUAAGAUCCGAAGUGCUGUUGGAAGUGCUCAGCUCCUCAUGUCUCAGAAAUUCCAGCAAUUUUAUUGGCUCUGUCAGCAAAAUCUGGACCCGAGUGCCAUGCCGAGACCAACUUCCCAGGACCUCGCAGGUUUCUGGGACUUAUUGCAGCUCUCGAUUGAAGAUGUCAGCAUGAAGUUUGAUGAACUGCACCAGCUGAAACUCAAUGAAUGGAAAAUAAUAGAAUCACCUGAAAGGAAGGAAGAAAGAAAGGUUCCUCCUCCUGUACCAAAGAAGCCCCCAAAAGGAAAAUUCCCCAUCACAAGAGAAAAAUCUCUGGACCUACCUGACAGGCAGCGACAAGAAGCCAGAAGACGGCUCAUGGCUGCGAAGAGAGCAGCAUCUUUCCGGCAGAAUUCAGCCACAGAGCGUGCAGACAGCAUCGAGAUUUACAUCCCAGAGGCUCAAACCCGGCUUUAA